GCCUACUUCUUCUGUUGUGUUUGACGUUAAUGUGCAUGUGUACCAGUGAUAUGGGGAUUGUACGGAAGAAAAUAAAAAAAUAUAGAAAAUGGAUAAGUGGCUUUCCAGUUUUAAGAGUAAACAAAAGGAAAGAGAGAGGCCAAAUGAGACAAAUAAACAAAAUUCCCCAGCAUCACUAGAUAUCGAAAAGCCAGGUUGCAGUAAUCGAGUUGAGGACUCCCCUAAUUAUGCUGCUCCCACAUUGAGUGACAAUGGCGAUAAUAAUGAUAAGGGUGAUGAUCCUACAAUACCAACCAAAAAAAAAAUAAAAUCCGAGAAAGGGUCAAAGACAGAAAAAAGGAAGACUUUUAACAGCUCUUGGAUAAGUGUACCACAGUUCAUGAAUUGGCUGGAAAAAUCAAUAAAACAACCAUCAUCUGAUGGUAAUGAGUACGCCUAUUGCAAGGUAUGUAAUUUUGAUAUUGUAGCACAUAAAAGUGUAUUAUUAAAACAUUCAACAAGUGAAAGGCAUAAAUUAAAUUGGACAAAAGUAGCGACCAACACUACACUCACUGAAUUGUAUAAACCAAAGGCUGAUGAUGUAGCUGUAAAAACGCCAGAGUUAAAGUUAUGCGCCUUGUUAGUAAGCAAUAAUCUGCCAUUUUUAUUAGUAGACACCCUAACUCCUUUAAUUCAAAAUAUAUGUCCUGACUCCAAAAAUUGCUAAGAAAUUACAUUUAAAACGAACCGAAGCUACAUCAAUUAUGUGCAAUAACUUGGGGUAUAAUUUUCUUGAAGAAUUAUAUAUUAAAUUAAGGGAGCCAGGAUGUUUUUUUUUUCUUUGGUUAUGGAUAGUGUGACCAACUAGCCCGAAAAAUCCGGGACAUGGCCCGAAUUACGAAGUUGUGUCCCGGACAAGGCUUCCGGGCCAUCCGAAUUUUCAACUUUUUGGUAAAAACCUAUAUUUCCGUUUUUAUUCUAAGAAUUUACAUCAAAUUAAAUUGUUGAGACGAAAAAAAAUUUUUAUCGUGGUAUAAAUUUUACUAGUUCUAUGAAAGAAAACUGUUGAAUACCCAGUAAAAAUAAGCAACGGCAAAUCUAGGGGAUUUUUGUUAUUGUAUGAUGUAGUUGGAAACAAUGUUAUAUAAGUGUCAGAUGUCAACUAAAAAAAAAAAAAAUGUGUCAAAAAGAAAAAUAAAUGUUGAUUUUGAUGUUUAAGUUAUUUGUAGAAUUAUUGAGUUUUCUUUUAAAAUAAAACUGACUAGAAGUA